CCUCUCCCCGUAAACAACCCGCGGUGGGCGUGGCCUCCCCCCCCUCCUCACCCUCAUUGGCCCGAACCCCUUUGGGCGGGCGGCGAUUGGCGGAACACCAAGUGGGCGUGGCCUAACCCGGAAGUGCCGGAUUUCGGGGAAUGGGCGACAGGCCCCGGCGGGACGGCGCCGGCCCCGACCCGGAAGCGGAACCGGAAGUGGACUCCGAACCGGAAGUGAGCUCGGACCCGGAAGUGGGGCCGGAAGAGGACGAGGAGGACGAGGAGGAGGAAGGGGGCGGGCCCCGGAAGCGCCGGAAGCGCGAAUGGGGGCGGAGCUUCACCCGGGAGGAGCGAUCCCAGCUGCGAUCCCACUUCCUGCCCAAUCACGCGGCGGCGCUGGAGCCCCACCCCCAGAAGGUUUUCUGCGCCGUCUUCGCCCAGAGCGGCCGGAGGCUCCUCACCGCCUGCCAGGACCACACCCUGCGGCUGUUCGAGGUGUCGGGGGAGGGGCUGCGGCUCCUCCGGGCCACCAGGGGGCGCCAGGUGGGCUGGAGCGUGCUGGACGUCGCCUUCAGCCCCGACGGGAGCCAGGCCCUCUACUGCUCCUGGUCCAGCUGCGGUGACUGGGGGAUACUGGUUUAUACUGGGAGGGGGGCCGGGAGGGGGAAAACGGGGAAAAAACGGGGAAAAAACGCCGGCCCCGCCCCUUUCCAGUCACACGUCUUUGAUUUGCAUGGAGAGGGCGACGCCCACACGGCCCUGGACUUCAGGCCGGACGAGCGGCGCUUCGCCGUCUUCUCAUUGGCCGUGGGGCCGGACGGGCGGGACGUGAUGGGCGGGGCCAACGACGGCUGCGUCUACGUCUACGACCGCGAGGCGCAGCGCCGCGUCGAGAGGGUCCCCGCCCACGAGGACGACGUCAACGCGGUGGCGCUGGCCGACGCCUCGGGGCAGCUCCUGCUCUCGGGCGGCGACGACGGCGUGGGCCGGGCCUGGGACCGGCGCUGCCUGCCCGAGGGGCCGGCCGCCACGCUGGCCGGGCACCGCGACGGCCUCACCUUCCUGCACGCGCGGGGGGACGGGCGCUACGUGGUGUCCAACUCCAAGGACCAGUCGGCCAAGCUCUGGGACCUGCGGCGGCCCUCGGGGCCCGCGGCGCUGGCGGCGGCGCGCCGGGCGGUGGCGCGGCAGAGCUGGGACUACCGGUGGCAGAGGGCGCCCCGGAACGCGCGGCGGGCCCCGCCCCUGCCCGGUGACGCGUCGCUGGUGACGUUCCGGGGCCACGCCGUGCUGCACACGCUGCUGCGCUGCCGCCUGGCGCCGCCGGGGGGCGCCGCCGCCCUGGCCGCCGGCAGCGCCGACGGGAGCGUGCUGGUCUAUGACGUCAUCACGGGGCGUGUCCUGCGGCGGCUGGCCAAUCACGGCGCCUGCGUGCGCGACGUCAGCUGGAGCCCCGAGGGGGCGUGGCUCGCCAGCGCCUCGUGGGACGGCACCGUGCGGCUCUGGGAUUACCGGGACGGCGGCGAUGACGUCACCGAGGGGGCGGGGCCUCGCCGACAGGGGGCGGGGCCUCGCCGCAAGAGGGGCGGGGCCGGCGGGGGGCGUGGCUUGGAAUAAAGAGCGAAGCGUGG